GACGCUUCUCUGAUUGCGCCAUUUCUUCAGUCACCUUCGUGGUUGCAUUUAAACCCCUGUAGCUACCAGUUUUUCUCUUCUUUCCUCGGUGGCGCCUCUGUACCUCCAUCUCCCGAGUGGGCAGGGUGCCGUGGUUCUGUACUCGUUUGCUGAUCGCGUUGUGCUUUGCGAGGAAGUGCAUCUAGUGAAGAUCCCGUCGCCUGCCGCUGUUGCUGGCUUCAGAUACUGUUCUUUUUCUUUAGUCGAUUAGUGUUUCACUGCAAUGGAGUUUAAGGGAUCGCCGCGGUUGUUGAUUGUGUCCGAUCUGGACCACACCAUGGUGGAACAUGGUGAUCACGAUAACAAGUCUUUGUUGCGCUUUGGCGCACUAUGGCAGUCAGAAUUCAACCAUGACUCUUUACUUGUAUAUUCCACUGGGAGAUCGCCAAAGAUGUUCGCCGAUUUACGGCGAGAAGUGCCUUUGUUGACAGCAGGAAUUGCUAUUUUAUCUUGCGGAACUGAAAUUUUUUACGGAGAUACAAUGACGAAAGAUCACGGUUGGAUAGAUAUCAUCAGUAAAGGCUGGAAUCGUGCAGCUGUAGAAGAGGUUGCCGAAGAAAUGAACCUCAAAUACCAGUGUGAUUCAGAGCAAAGGCCGCACAAAGUAAGCUUUCACGUUAGGAAGGAGGAGUCCGUGCACACUAUGCCCACACUUCUCGCAAAAUUGCUAGAAAAAGGACUGGACAUCAAGCUUAUAUACAGCGGAGGCUUGGAUCUGGAUGUUCUUCCUCGAGCUGCCGGUAAAGGUCAAGCUCUAAGGUACCUCUUGCAAAAGCUCAAGGCCGAAGGUCGCGUCCCUCAACAAACACUAGUUUGUGGGGAUUCUGGAAACGAUCAAGAGCUUUUCAGUGUGGAUAAUGUCUGCGGUGUUAUUGUGGCAAAUGCCAAAGACGAGUUGCUCCAAUGGCACGCAGAUCAAGUCGGUGACAAAUCUCAUAUUUUCGUUGCAACAGAGAAUUGCGCAGCUGGAAUUAUCGAGGCCAUGAAGCAUUUUGGUCUUGAGCCAAAUGUUUCUCCACGAGAUCGCACUGUGCCACUAUCAGUACAUGACAAACUGGUUCCGAAGGCUGAUGCUGGCGCUGCUGCUCGAGAGGUGGUAGAAUACCUAUUGCUCACUGAGCAGUGGUUGCGUGGUGACAUAAGUGCCUCUGAAGAAGUCUUUAGGAGGUUGAAGUUUGGCUUGGCGAAGGAUUCAAGUAGAGUUUGUGCAUGGGGCACAAUAGAUAGUCCACACAAGGAAAUAGAGAACCUUCAGGCUCAGUAUGGUUCGCAGAGGGGAAAAGUCUUUCAUAUGUGGGCGGAUCGGGUGCGUUCUAUGAAGCUCAGUGACGAUUCCUGGUUGGUUAGGUUUGACAAAUGGGAAAGAUCAGAUGCUGGAUUGACGUGCGUGCUCACAAGCGCCGUAUUACAGUCCAACGUGGAAUUUCCGAACGGAUUGUGUUGGAAACUGAUUCAUGAAACAUGGCUCAAAGGUUAUGAAGGGUCUGCUCCUGUUCGAAAGUGACUUGUUAUCACUUUCUGCCUGAAUAUUAUUAUACAGGCAAUUUUAUAUAUCAGAUGCUUUUGCGAGCAUGUACGCAACCUUAUCUCAUUGUAUUUGCAAUCUGUUGUGCGUCCAAUACGUUGGAUUAGUGACGUCUUGUGGAGAUUCGUUGCAUAAAAUUGUCACUAAGAUAAACACGACAUUAGUUCUCAUCUUCUACCCCUAGUUUAGUAGACGGUUCUGUAUCCAUUCAGUACCUUGAUACCACGAUUGAUAUUAUAAGCAAAUGAUGUAGUCAAAGAAGGGAGAUUUUUGGUUGGUGUAGACAUGAAGUUGGUGUAUGAUCACCUCUAAGAUAACCUUUUCAUUUCAACGAUACACAAUGUAUGUAUUUAGCAUGAAAGUAUUAGUUGCUCUCCAAUUUGGGUUCUUCGUU